UCUCUACUGCUCUCUCUUUUCUGACGGAGCGGCUGGAUGGAGACACACAGACUCCACUAACCACUCAAACUGGUACCAGUAACACGGCAGGAGUCGGCCUAAGGACACACCAUGGGAAUUAAAUUUUUGGAGGUCAUCAAGCCGUUCUGUGCGGUCUUGCCAGAAAUUCAGAAACCAGAAAGAAAGAUUCAAUUUAGAGAAAAAGUACUAUGGACCGCCAUCACGCUAUUCAUCUUCCUGGUGUGCUGUCAGAUUCCUCUGUUUGGCAUCAUGUCCUCAGACUCAGCAGAUCCCUUCUACUGGAUGAGAGUAAUCCUGGCUUCCAACAGAGGUACUCUGAUGGAGCUUGGUAUCUCACCCAUCGUCACCUCAGGUCUCAUCAUGCAGCUACUGGCUGGUGCCAAGAUCAUUGAGGUUGGAGACACUCCCAAAGACAGAGCACUCUUUAAUGGAGCUCAGAAAUUGUUCGGGAUGAUCAUCACCAUAGGACAAGCCAUUGUAUAUGUUAUGACUGGCAUGUAUGGAGACCCCUCAGAGAUGGGUGCUGGCAUAUGCUUGCUUAUCAUCAUCCAGCUCUUUGUUGCAGGUCUGAUUGUCUUGCUGCUGGACGAGCUGCUUCAGAAGGGUUAUGGUCUGGGCUCUGGUAUCUCGCUCUUUAUUGCAACCAACAUUUGCGAGACAAUUGUAUGGAAGGCCUUCAGCCCCACCACUGUCAACACAGGCAGAGGUACUGAGUUUGAGGGAGCCAUCAUUGCUCUCUUUCAUCUUCUGGCCACCCGCACAGACAAGGUGCGCGCCCUGAGAGAGGCCUUCUACAGACAAAACCUGCCUAACCUCAUGAACUUGAUCGCAACUGUUUUCGUGUUUGCAGUGGUCAUAUACUUCCAGGGCUUCAGAGUGGACCUGCCCAUCAAGUCAGCACGCUACCGUGGCCAGUACAACACCUACCCCAUCAAACUGUUCUACACCUCCAACAUCCCCAUCAUCCUGCAAUCUGCCCUGGUCUCCAAUCUCUACGUGAUUUCUCAGAUGCUCUCAACACGGUUCAGUGGCAAUUUCCUGGUCAACCUGCUGGGAACGUGGUCUGAUACGACCAGUGGCGGACCAGCUCGGGCCUAUCCAGUGGGGGGUCUCUGCUACUACCUUUCUCCUCCUGAGUCUUUUGGUUCAGUUCUAGACGACCCGGUUCAUGCUGUUAUCUACAUUGUCUUCAUGCUUGGCUCUUGCGCCUUUUUCUCCAAAACCUGGAUAGAGGUCUCCGGUUCCUCUGCCAAAGAUGUGGCGAAGCAGCUGAAGGAGCAGCAGAUGGUAAUGAGGGGACACAGAGAGACAUCUAUGGUGCAUGAGCUCAACAGGUACAUCCCCACAGCUGCUGCCUUUGGUGGCCUGUGUAUAGGAGGCCUCUCAGUGAUGGCAGAUUUUCUGGGUGCCAUUGGUUCGGGUACGGGAAUCCUCUUGGCUGUAACCAUCAUCUACCAGUACUUUGAAAUCUUUGUAAAGGAGCAGAGCGAAAUGGGCAGCAUGGGAGCAUUGCUCUUCUAAAGAAUACCAACCUUCAGACACAAAUAAUCCAACCCACAUAACUUUUAUUUUUAUUUUGGAUUUUUUGCAAUUUGCAGAAUCAGUUUCUUUCCCCACUGGGAUAACUGAUUUCUCUCCACCACCUUUGUUUUCCACCAUAACACCUCCAGCCUGUGAAUGCUGAGAAAACUGCUUUGGUUACUCCCAGGGUCGAUCAUAAUGUUGUGUCUCUCAGCAGUCUUUCCUCCAAUAUCUACAACCUAUCUGUCUGCAGGCUGCCUAUGUCCCAAAUGACUGUCUCAUCAGAUGAAGAAUGCUUAAAAGCACACAAGUGUGAGGCGCUGUCUUGGACAUACCUCAGGCAUUGUUUUUGCAGCAUGUUCAAGGAACAUUAAGACAGCUUCAAGAUGUGCUUAAUUCUAAGCUGGAAGCACUGUGCCUGGACAUUUGGAGGGGGUUGAAGCCAUGUCAUGUCAUGUCACAGAUAGCAAUCGAGCUUUCUAGGGGCCUGUAGUAGGAUGCAAAAGAAUAAAUAUAAUGUGCUUAUAGUCUGUUAAGGUUUCUGGUAAUCUCAGACAAGUUGUUGGUGGUUUUUAUUUUUCCUUUUGAUAUUUUAAACGAUGGACUAUGUUAAUAUUCACUCUGGUCUUAUGUAGAGCACAGUGUUUGUCCGCUGUCUCUGGCUCCUCAAAGGAAAUUGUCUAUCUGUGUCGCCAUGCUCUUGUUUUUUUUUUUCCCCCGGAAUGAGUCGCUGCUCAAUACUGCCGAGAUGGUCGGGAUGAGGGUGGGUUUGAUAGGGAUGAAAAGGGGUUUCAUUUUGGUUUUUACUUAAUGUAACAGACAUAAUUGUGUUAUUAAAAAGAACAGGAUUUGUUUUUCCAACACA